AUGGCGUCGACUGCCCGCACAGUAGAAGGCGUCAGUGGAUUGCGCAUUGAAAAUAACGUGAACGGUAGCCAAAAAAGGGAGCCACAUGAUGAAAAGUGCGGGGAAGUUUCAUGUGUGCUCUCCACAAAAAAGCUGCUGACAGCAACGGAUGGUGUGGUGGAUAGUAACGUGGGCUCCGAGUUGGGACGACUAGGCUUUGUUGAUGGUUGGGAUCCCCUAGGCUUUGCCGUUCUUGCAUUUCAUGCUGCCACCUCCAGAUUGGCUCCAUAUUCCACCAGGGCCAAAGCCCUGGAGCCACUCGCCUUCUUGCUGAAGCAUCUAUGA